CUCUCUCUCUCUCCUCCUCCCUUCCCUCUUUCUCUCUCUUCCUCCCUCGUUUCUGUGGAGGCGAAGACACGAAGCGCUUUCUCUCUCCUCCCUCCCCCUCUCUCUCUCUCUCUCUCUCUAGAGGCCAGCCAGCGCCCAUUCCUCUCGGUCUCUCCCUCGCCCCCGCUCGCGACCGAGUGCGAGGACGGCGGCGGCGGCGGCGGCGGUGGUGGGGGGGGCGGUGAAGCGGUUCCCGGGGGUCGCGGCGGCAUCGGGCGGCUGAUCCCGGCGUCGGCGUCGUCGUCGGCGGCGGCCGGCGGCGGAAUGCGAGCUCCGGCGGGGACGGCGGCCCUCCUCCUCCUCCUGCGGCGGCGGCGAUAGUAAGUUGGCGGCGGCGAUAGUAGGUUGGCGGCGGCGGCGGCGGGCGAUGGAGUGAUGGCGUUCGACGCUGGAAUUCCGAUGCCGCGGGGGUCCGUUGCCGACGGCCCCUCUCUCUCUCCGUCAGAUGCGAUGUGGCAAAUGACUUUACGAUCCAACGAAACCAUGGAAUCGGGGCCCUACCCUGAGCGUCCUGGGGAGCCAGACUGUUCUUAUUACAUUAGAACAGGCCUUUGUAGAUUUGGUGCUACAUGUCGAUUUAAUCAUCCAUCUGACAGGAAGCUGGCUAUAGCUAAUGCAAGAAUGAAGGGGGAGUACCCAGAGAGAGUCGGGCAGCCAGAAUGUCAGUACUAUCUGAAGACAGGGACUUGCAAAUUUGGAGCCACAUGCAAGUUUCAUCAUCCUAGAGACAAGGCUGGGAUUGCAGGAAAAGUUGCUUUAAAUAUCUUAGGCUACCCAUUUCGCCCGAAUGAGAUGGAGUGUGCAUACUAUUUAAGAACUGGACAAUGUAAGUUUGGAAGCACUUGCAAGUUCCACCAUCCUCAGCCUACUAAUAUGAUGGUUUCACUGCGCGGUUCUCCUGUGUACCCUUCGGUUCAGUCUCCUACUACUCCAGCUCAACAGUCAUAUCCAGGAGUUACAAGCUGGUCCAGAGCAUCUUUUAUCCCUAGUCCUCGUUGGCAAGGUCCUUCAAGUUACACUCCCUUGAUUGUUCCUCAGGGCAUGGUAUCAAUUCCUGGCUGGAAUGCCUACAGUGGUCAACUGGGGUCAGUUUCAUCUUCAGAUAGCCAGCUUAUAAUGAUGGGACAAAGUCAGAUUUUUGGAAGUUCUGGCCAGAGCGAUUCAAAUGCUGGAUCUCCAGGGGCGUUCUCAUCAUACCAAUCUGGCUCUGUGCCUGUUGGUUUCUAUGCAUUGCAGAGAGAUAACAUAUUUCCCGAGAGACCUGGGCAGCCCGAGUGCCAGUUUUACAUGAAGACAGGAGACUGCAAGUUCGGUGCAGUUUGCAGGUUUCAUCACCCCAGAGAGAGAUUACUUCCUGCUCCAGAUUGUCUUUUGAGCUCCAUAGGCCUUCCAUUACGUCCGGGAGAACCGCUGUGCAUAUUCUAUUCCCGUUAUGGUAUCUGCAAGUUUGGACCAAGUUGCAAGUUUGACCAUCCUAUGGGUAUCUUAAAUAGUCUCUCUGCAUCUUCUCCAUCGGGUGCUCCUGUUCGACGUAUGUUAGCAUCUUCAUCUGGAACUGCUGCAUUGGUUUUAUCUGAAUCAGGCCCAGGGAACCCUAGGAGACUUUCAUUGUCAGAGACAAGACAGAUACCUUCUGCUGAUGACAACAUCGACUCAGACGAAUAAAGACUCCUUCAAGAAGAGAACCUCUGUUCAUUUGUGCAAUCUCUUGGAGGUGGAGAAAGAGUUGUCUGUAAAUCAUUGCUUACGGAUUGAGAUGUACAGAGUUUAUAUUUGUUGCUUCUGUUCUCCUGAAGUGCACUUCAGUCAACCAAAAACUCCUCCAAGUAUCCAUUUUGUUGCACUCUGUAAAUCUGAAAAUAUGUCACAUAUGGCAAAACCAAUGUGAACAUUUCAUCUGUUCAAAAGUCAACCUGGUACACCUGAUUUAUCUUUCA